AUGGGAAGAGACAAUGACAGCUACCAACAAGCAUUCAUCUUGCUGGGCUUUUCUGAUCGCCCUCGACUGGAGAUUAUUCUCUUUGCUUUUAUCUUGGUCUUCUACACCCUGACCCUUGCAGGCAACACUGCUAUCAUCUUGUUGUCAAUCAUGGAUGCUAGACUCCACAUGCCCAUGUACUUCUUUCUUGGGAACCUUUCUUUCUUGGAUCUCUGCUUUACAACGAGCAUUGUUCCCCAGCUGCUGUGGAACCUUUGGGGUCCAGAGAAGACCAUCUCCUACCAUGGCUGUGUGGCCCAGCUCUAUAUCUACAUGGUGUUGGGCUCAACUGAGUGUGUUCUACUGGCUGUCAUGUCCUAUGACUGCUAUGUGGCUGUCUGCCGGCCUCUGCAUUACACUGUGGUCAUGCACCCACGUCUCUGCCUGCAGUUGGUGACUGUGUCCUGGUUCUGUGGCUUUUUACACUCCUUUUUCAUGUGUCCCCAGACAAUGCAACUCUCUCGAUGUGGGCGCCACACAGUGGACCACUUUCUUUGUGAGAUGCCUGCUCUGAUUGCCAUGUCCUGUGAAGACACCAUAUUGGUGGAAGCAUUUGCCUUUGCCCUGGGUGUCGCCCUUCUCCUGGUCCUCAUCUCCUAUGGGAUGAUUGCUGCCGCUGUGGUGAGGAUCAAGUCAGCCGCAGGGCACAAGAAAGCAUUCAACACCUGCUCUUCCCACCUAACAGUGGUCUCCCUUUUCUAUGGGACCAUCAUCUACAUGUACCUGCAGCCAGCCAACAGCUACUCCCAAGACCAAGGCAAGUUCCUCACCCUCUUCUACACCAUUGUCACUCCCAGUGUCAACCCCCUGAUCUACACUCUGAGGAACAAGGAUGUAAAUGGGACAAUGAAGAGGCUCCUGAAGGGAGAGAAGGGGGCCAAGGAAACAUGA